AUGUUUUGGGACCGGCUGGCAGAAGGUGGGAUGCUUGCUAGCAAUGCAGAUGAGAUCAACCCUCGUAAGCGACACAUUGUGUCGUUGGUUGCAAAUUUCAGAGAUCCGGAAAGCAAAUUUUUGCUGCAGUCAAUAAAGGAAGGAACGGUGGCCGGAGAUUUUUCCACGCAUGCAACGGCCCCUCCCUCCAUUUCAGGUGCUUUUUCUGUGGAUGGAAUGCAUGGGGUUGUGGGGGAAUUUUCUUCUGAAGAGAUCUCUUUCUUGGCCGCUCAUGCGGCUGUAAAGGAGAUCGAGGAAGACACUGUUGCAGAAGUUGCUAUCGGCAAUCACUUGCUGGACCCAAAGUCCCUAUUCGGUCUUCGAAAUGGACUGAUGGGAGGCCAAAAUAGUGCAAUGAACGAAGAUCGAGAAUUUCCCACAAAUGCCAGCGAAGCAUUGCCUUCCUUUUCUGAGGUAGCUUCGCCCUCUCGAGUGCCGCUUGAGCGAAAAUGCAUUUUUGGGUCACAAUCUAACCCGCCCUCUUGGGGUCUUCCCUCGAUUUCAGGUCAGCAAAGCCAAUUCUUCCGAUAUCCGCUUGCUAAGGGCAAAGAUGUGCGCAUCUAUGUCAUAGACACCGGUAUCGACGGUUCUCUCCCCUCAUUUGGCUCACGUGUCGAGGGUGGAUGGUCUAUCUUCGAAUCAAAUCGUAGGGGAGACACAAAUCCAACGUUGACCUCCUCCAUGGCCGACUCAUCAUUGACAGACGAGCACGGACAUGGUACCCAUGUAGCUGGCAUCAUUGGUGGCCAGGAAACAGGCGUCGCCAAAGAUGCUACUAUUAUCUCCGUUCGAGUCUUUCGCGCCGGCACAGGCCCGGUCUCCAACGUCAUUGCAGGCCUUGCAUGGAUCAUCUCGCAGAAGAAAAGUGCGGCAAUCGAGCUGGUUAACCUGUCUAUCACAUCGACUCGCUCUUCCAUUCUCAAUGCAAUGCUGGAGAGCGCAUGGAAAGCAAAUUUGUUUGUCAUUACUGCGUCUGGAAACCAGGCGGCAAACGCCUGCAACAUUUCGCCAGCAGCGUCGGCGCCAUGGAUUUUAUCUGUCGGCGCAUAUUGCGAAAAUCGCCAAAUUGCCCCGUUCUCCAAUAGAGGCACAAGAUGUGUUCACAUAUAUGCUCCAGGGUGCAACAUUUUCAGCCUUGUGGCCGGAGCCCCCGGGGCCUUGCUUGCACUCAAUGGAACCUCAAUGGCUGCGCCACAUGCAACUGGGCUUGCUGCAUUGCUACUUUCCACCCCCUGGAUGGCGAGGCAGCUCAGCUCUCUGCAGAGGUUGAGAAAUAUUAUUGUAGAUGAGCUGUCCUCGACCAUUUUGGACGAGAACGGACACUUGAGCUUGAAGGCGCUGUCAAUGGAGUAUUUGUACAAAUUUUGCCCGCGGUAG